CUGGAGGUGAAGCCCUGGCGUUUCUCUCCUUCCUGUGUGAAUGGGGCUGACUGUCGGGCGCCGCUUCCCCGCGCUGCCCCACGCCAUGCCCUGCACGCUGCCCGGCGGCCGCCUUCCCCAGCCGCGCCACUGAGCUAGCCAUGGUCGCCUCAUGUGGAGGGCAAAGUUGCGCCGGGGAACUUGUGAGUCUGCCGUGAAAGGACCCUCUCCUGUUUGUUACCGCUCCGGUAGUCCCACCCCGAUUCUAGAAGACCCCAACUACUUUUUCCCAGAUUUCCAGCUCUAUUCUGGGAGGUGCGAGGCAUCUGCUCUGACGGUGGAGGCAAAAGGUGGCAUCAGGGAAAAAGUUGUUGAGGAUCCUCUGUGCAACUUCCACUCCCCAAACUUCCUGAGGAUCUCAGAGGUGGAAAUGAGAGGUUCCGAGGAUGCGGCAGCUGGAACAGUGUUGCAGCGGCUGAUCCAGGAACAACUGCGGUAUGGUACCCCGACCGAGAACAUGAACUUGCUGGCCAUUCAGCACCAGGCCACAGGGAGUGCAGGACCAGCCCACCCUCCAAACAACUUUUCUUCCACGGAAAACCUCACCCAAGAAGACCCACAAAUGGUCUACCAGUCGGCACGCCAGGAGCCGCAGGGUCAAGAACACCAGGUGGACAACACGGUGAUGGAGAAGCAGGUGCGGCCCACACAGCCUCAGCAGAACAAUGAGGAGCUGCCCACUUACGAGGAGGCCAAGGCCCAGUCCCAGUUCUUCAGAGGGCAGCAGCAGCAGCAGCAGCAGCAGCAGCAGGGGGCUAUCGGCCAUGGCUACUACAUGGCUGGGGGCGCCAGUCAGAAGGCCCGGACUGAGGGGAGGCCCACGGUGAACCGCGCCAACAGCGGGCAGGCACAUAAGGACGAGGCGCUCAAAGAGCUUAAGCAGGGCCACGUCCGCUCACUCAGUGAGAGAAUCAUGCAGCUGUCCCUGGAGAGGACCGGAGCUAAGCAGCACCUCCCUGGCUCAGGGAGCGGAAAGGGGUUCAAGGCGGGAGGGGGCCCCUCCCCCGCCCCGCCCGCAGGCAAAGCGCUGGACCCCCGGGGUCCUCCACCUGAGUACCCCUACAAGACCAAGCAGAUGAUGUCCCCGGUCAGCAAGACCCAGGAGCACGGACUUUUCUACAGUGACCAGCACCCGGGGAUGCUCCACGAGAUGGUCAAGCCAUACCCUGCUCCUCAGCCUGCGAGAACAGAGGUGGCCGUGCUGAGGUACCAGCCGCCCCCGGAGUACGGGGUCACGAGCCGCCCCUGCCAGCUCCCUUUCCCGUCGACAGUGCAGCCGCACAGCCCGAUGUCCUCCCAGAACCCCUCCACCGGCGGGCCGCUGCACUCCGUGUCCGUGCCGCUCGCGCUGCCCAUGACCCUGGCGGCCCCGCAGCCCCCGCCCGCCGCCUCCCCCAGCCAGCAGCUCGGGCCGGACGCGUUCGCCAUCGUGGAGCGAGCCCAGCAGAUGGUGGAGAUCCUGACCGAGGAGAACCGUGUGCUGCACCAGGAGCUUCAGGGUUACUACGACAAUGCCGACAAGCUCCAUAAGUUUGAAAAAGAGCUUCAGAGGAUUUCAGAAGCCUAUGAGAGCCUGGUCAAGUCUACUACCAAGCGAGAAUCGCUGGACAAGGCGAUGCGAAACAAACUGGAAGGCGAGAUCCGAAGACUUCAUGAUUUCAACAGAGACCUGCGAGAUCGACUGGAGACCGCCAACAGGCAACUGUCCAGCAGGGACUACGACGGGCACGAAGACAGAGCCGCAGAGGGGCUUUAUGCUUCCCAGAACAAAGAAUUCUUGAAGGAGAAGGAGAAGUUGGAAAUGGAGUUAGCAGCAGUGCGGACCGCGAGUGAGGACCACCGGAGACACAUCGAGAUCCUGGACCAGGCUCUGAGCAACGCCCAGGCCAGGGUCAUCAAGCUGGAGGAGGAGCUACGAGAGAAGCAAGCCUAUGUGGAGAAGGUUGAGAAGCUCCAGCAGGCCCUGAGCCAGCUGCAGUCUGCGUGUGAGAAGCGAGAGCAGAUGGAGCGGAGACUGCGGACCUGGCUGGAGAGAGAGCUGGAUGCGCUGAGAACGCAGCAGAAACAUGGGAAUGGCCAGCCAGCCAGCGUGCCGGAGUAUAAUGCCCCAGCCCUCAUGGAACUUGUGAGGGAGAAGGAGGAGCGGAUCCUGGCCCUGGAGGCCGACAUGACCAAGUGGGAACAGAAGUAUCUGGAGGAGAGUACCAUCCGCCACUUCGCCAUGAAUGCCGCAGCCACUGCCGCGGCUGAGAGGGACACCACGAUCAUCAACCACUCGAGGAACGGCAGCUACGGCGAGAGCUCGCUGGAGGUGCACAUCUGGCAGGAGGAGGAGGACGUGGCACAGGCCACCAGGAGGUGUCAGGACAUGGAGUACACUAUUAAAAAUCUCCAUGCCAAAAUCAUAGAGAAGGACGCCAUGAUUAAGGUCCUUCAGCAGCGAUCCCGUAAAGAUGCCGGGAAGACGGACUCCUCGAGCCUGCGGCCUGCCCGCUCCGUGCCGUCCAUUGCUGCGGCCACCGGGAUACACUCCCGCCAGACUUCCCUCACCAGCGGCCAGUUGGCCGAGGAGAAGAAGGAGGAGAAGACCUGGAAGGGGAGCAUAGGGUUGCUGCUGGGGAAGGACCACCCUGAGCACACUUCAACGGCCUCCACCACGGCGCUGUCCCCCGCAGCCUCCACCACCUCGGCCAGCAGCGCCCACGCUAAGACGGGCAGCAAGGACAGCAGCACCCAGACGGACAAGAGCGCCGAACUCUUCUGGCCCAGCAUGGCCUCUCUGCCCAACCGUGGCAGGCUGAGCGUCACCCCUUCCAACAGCCCGGUCCUGAAACACCCGGUGGCCAAAGGGCCUGCAGAGAAACCAGAGAACCCUCCUGGCCACGGGAAGUCCCCCGACCACAAAGGCCGCGUCAGCAGCUUGCUCCACAAGCCCGAGUUCCCUGACGGAGAGAUGAUGGAAGUCCUCAUCUAACGCUGGCGUCCCCGUGGGAUUCUGUAGUGGGACCUUGACGAAUGAGGAACGUGGCCGAGAGGGAGGAGACAGAUCAAGAAAGUUGUGGAUGGGAAACCAGGAAUGAUUUGAACUGAUAAAGAUUUUAAAUUUAGUGAGGACACUUUUUAUAAAUGUUAAAAAAAAAAAAUUCAGAAGACCUACGUGAAGACACUUGUAUGGAUUUGUAUUGCCUAUGGUGGAAGAGAGGAGACACGUGUAGGUCUGGAAACAAGGAAGUCACAGGAAGUGGGAUUUUCAUUGUAUAGAAAAUGUAUCUCUGCGGGGGGGGGGGGGGCUGGGUUCACCUGCUCUUUGGUUAUAAACAUAUAAACCUGAACGUGGAUCUUCCUUGAAACAGCCCCAUUCUCCUUGCCUCUUAGCAUGUUUGUUUUUAUUAAGAAGAACCUCCUAGAAGUCUCAGAGAGCCCAUCUCGGCAUAAUGUAACAUCACCUGCGCCAUCCAGGGUGUCCUGUGAAUGUGUGCGGGUGUGGCAGUGAGAAGAAGUGUCCUUGGGUGAAGGGAAUUAAGAAGGCGAUUCUCACCUAACUAUCUGCUUGGUUUGGGUUUUCAGGAGAUUCUGGGGCUUCUUAGCUUUUCUGGAUUCUGUUUUGUAAAAAUACAAAACAGGAUGGGAGCAUUAUGAUUUUGGUGCUCAAACUCCCUAACUGCUCUGAGUUCAUCUCUUCCUCUGCUUCAUUCUCUUUCACUUUACUCUUCUUUUCAUUCACUUGUUGUUUUUUUUUUUUUUCUUGUUAAUAAGACACAGCAGAAUUCCUUAGGUCUGGCAUUUACGAGAGCAGCGUCAUGAUCUCUGUUUAAUAGUGACCAGUGGGACAGAGCCGUAUGCUGGCUGCCUGGCUGCUUUCUCCACUCUGGAGACUUUGGGCUGCAGCCCUUAAUCUCACUGUGACUGUGAACUAGGUAAGUUUUGAUGAGGCGCAAGAUCCCAUGGUCCUUGUGACACAUCGCAUUCAGCUCGAGGCCCUGGCUUUUCUCUCUCACAUCAGCUCCCUUGCAUAGACCUUGCCGUCUCCACCCCGUUGCUCUGUUGGGCUAAGACUUUUCAGGACUGCCUUCCAGGAAAUGGAGGACUCUUGACUUGGUGGCAUCCAGAGUCUCACCAGGCAGCUUGUCCCACUUUCUAGAAUUUGUGGCUCGUGCACAUACUCCCCAUCGUCUCCACCCUCUCGCACCCUUCUGGUCGCUGUUGACGAGCACGUAGAUUUCCGUGGUGACACGUCAGUGAAAACAUGGAAGACGUUCUCUGUCGUGAGCUUGCUUUGUAACCUAACCGGCCCGUAAAUCUACGGUGCGGGCACGUUUUUCGAGGCUUCCUUCUGGGACAAGUUGACCAAAGUAAGACGGAAGCACCAUGUUGAAGAGCCGGGAGUGGGCAAGGUGGUGAGCCUCUGACCCCUGUGUGUGGUGGCACGCCUAAGAGGUGCUAGGCAGGAAAGACGAGAAGCUGAUCAGGCUGUCAGAUGCUCUUGCGGGGUCCUGAUAUUUUUCUCCCUCCAGAUCAGCUGGAUCCUUGUAUCCCAGGUCCUUCCCCUUGUGCUCGCUUAAGGGAAGGAAGAAAAAGGGCAUGGGUCUGAGGCUUUCUCAAGUCCCACCUGAACGGAGCCCUGAAGACCACACUCCUCAGGGAGUUUUGCUUGGCUGGCUUAUUUAAGAGCUGGUCUUUCAAGUGCAAGGUGGGUGGUGUCGUAGCCUCCCCAGAUUGAAAUGGCGGAAGGAGGACCCGGGUGUGACUGGAGAGGGGGAGGGAGGAAAUCUGUGGCCUCGGCGUAGUGAGUGUGACAUUGCAGCACUGACUCUUCCUGAGCUCUGCUCUCUGCUGGGCUCUGGGCGCUGGGUGCUUCCUGCCUCUUGCCUCCUCCUCCUCCUCGAGUCCUGUCCGCCCCGGGAAGCCAGAGCGGUUCUGGGGGCCCAGAGCAGUUCUGGGGGCCGAGCAGCCUGCCUAAUGCCCCAGGCUUGUGCGAGUGUGGAUGCGGGCGGGGAUGGGGCACAGGAGGCACCGUCCCAAACUUUGCUCCCCAUCACUUUUUACCGGUGGUGAAGCUUAGGUGAUUGCAGCUGUUUCUCUUAAGGAUAUUUUGAGCCCCGAUGAAUGUUGGGAACGGACUGGGCAUGAAAGAGUCUGGAGAUAAGAGGGCGAGUCUUCUCUGCCAGCCUCCACUACCCACACCUGGGCCACCCCAAACUUGGGCUGUCUCCCCUAGACAUGGGUAAAAGCGAGAGCCACAGCCCCAGUCUCCCCAAGCCCCAUCUUUCUGUUGCAACACACCCUUUGGCACCUGCGGGCACCAGCCUCGCUUGCCCAGAUCCAGAGUGUUAAUUGUCUAAUACAAACGCAAACAACAUCACUGGUUUUUUUUCAGCGUGCUGUGGUCUCCGUCAGUCUUAUUUCUUUCAACUCGCUAAGACUCCUCCGUAAGAAAAGGAAUCUCUAGCUUUCAGAUGUGGGGCUUUUUUCUUUUCUGGGAGAUUUCCUGUCCCAUCAGGGCCCCCUGAUGCUGGCUUUUUAUGUUUGCAGCUUUCUCGAAGCCUUGCUUGCACAUAGGAGAAAGGAAUUGCAAAUACUGAGCCCCUGCUCUGCAUUCUGCAGUUUACCAUCCUUUAUCUCAUUUGAUUUUCAGAAAAAUAAUGCCAGCUCUGUUUUUUAGUGCUGACUAUAUGCAGGCAGGGUGGUAAGUACCUUUUAAUGAGUCUCUGAGCCACCCGGAGAGCCAAGGCUAGUUUCUCCUUAUUUCACAGAGGAGGAAACCAGGGCUCAGGGAGGUUCAGUCCCUCCCCAAAGCCUCACAGUAGUGGCGUCUGAACCAAAGGCCUGAGAGAGGAGCUGUGCUCCAUCACAGGCUGGACUGGGAGUUUUGCCUGGCUGGGUGGUAGCCAUCUUUCAUGUCGCGCCUUGGCCCUCUCUGCCUCGUCUGUGAUGUGCGCGUGCACACACACACACACGCACACACGCACACACGCACCCCUACACCUGCCACACCUCUUGGGAGCUAAGAAAUAGGACUAGAAGCUCAGAACUCCUAGAAUUGCCCAUAAACACGAGGUACAGAGGGAAGCCUUCAUGUUCUAUCCCAUGCAAGUUUACAAAAUCCAUCUAAAAACGCUUGGCACGUUGUCCAGAGGCCUGGACUUCCCAGUGGUGUCUGAUUAUGGAAGUCACGAGUCCUGUCCCGGAGGAGGGUAAAGGCUUUGGCUUUGUGUGAAGACAUGCCAGGGUAAUUCUGCUUUCUCCUGGAAUGGGUUGUCUAGCAGUUUCUGCGUGCUGACCAGGGUAUCAUAUGGAAGAGGUGUUGUUGGGAAUCCAGCAACUCAUUUCAGAGCAAGUGCAUUAGUAUUUUCUUCCCUUGGCUUUUCUUCUGCCUCCCAGAGAUUAGUUGCCAGUGACUGUUGAAUUUGGCCCGUUCCAGGCAGACCUGCAGGACAAGGCCGCCGCGUCUCACGCAGGGCUUUGGUCAGAGGGCAGAGAGCAGUGGGGCCGUUCUCUCUUCAGUCCUGCAGGGUAGCUCUUGGGAACGCAUCGGGCACCUGACUGCACAGGGCUCGGGUCGGAUACCGAAAAAAGGCGUGUUUUCCAAAACCAAAGUCCUGCUCCGGUCUGCACUUGGAGUCGGGGGAGCAUGCUUCUGUGUGCUGCUGCAAAUGAACUUGUACUCCUGAGCGAAGGAGUUCCAUGGCCGUGGUAAGUGGGAACCUGCAGAUAUUCCUAAGUGGUAAAGCCAUCGCCAAGCCAGAGAGUAUCCAGCGCACAGUUGGCUUCCUCAAGCCAGAGGCAGCCAUGGUAGAUGCUUUAUAAAUAUUGCUUUUCUUUUCUUCUUUCUUGCUAAUUAAUCGAUGUGUUUAAAAUGUCUUUAUUCAAUGUGAGGUUCGUUUAAUCAGCUUGCCUCUGAUGCGUGGCUCCAUAGGAGAUGGGUGGAGUAAUUAAGAAGCUUCCAGAAGCUGACCAACUGGGAGCAUGUAAAGGUCAGCAUUUCAGUGAACGAAUUUCUUCUGGAACUAAUGAGCAACUUUCGCUCUUCCUUUUAAGUAGUAUAUCCUUUUCUUGCUUAGUAAUUUAAUGAUAUACGAAGACCUGUGUAUAUGUCAGUGCGAACAUAUGAGGUAUGAGUACAAGGUUGUGCGUCGGGUUUCCUUUCUUAAAAUCCGGAAGAUCCAAAUGUUUCAUGUCACCCCUUCCUCAAACGGUGACCCUGUGGGGGACUGUACCCAUCACCGCCCCGCUGCUCGAGUGGAAACAGUUUGCGAACGCCUCUGUUAGAACGGCCUUUGGGGCCUAGCACGUUCCUUUAAUUAUCCUUCCAGAGGAGAAAUCUUCAUCCUUUCAGGAUGGAUUUAAGUGUGGAAAUAAUCCCAGUUGAAUAAAUAAAGAUGGGUGAUUAAGGCCACAACAUUUAAAAAGGAAAUCCCAAAAAUGUUCCUUGGAAUGAGUCUUUGGACUCCUAGCACCUCUCCAAGUGGCCCCUUUGAGGAGGGCGGUAGUCAUCAGUAUGUGUAACUUCUGGUGGGUUUGCUUUUAAAAAUCUUUUCUCUUGCCAUGCCUUGUUAUGCGUUCACAUCUUUGCAUACACGCAGAUGGAAGUGCAUAUUCCUUAGUGCCCUGUAAAGCCCAUGUAUACUUAAGUGCAUGUUAUUGUCGUGUUAAGCAAUGACUGGGGUGUUUCUUUGUCAUAAAACUUUGCUUCUUCACAGAAUUAAACUCCUGCUCUCAAUGUAAGGAGGUACAUACACAGCAUUUUCUUGUAUCAGCUCCCAAACUGUUGCUGCCCCAAAUUACAUGUGAUUUUGCCUAGGAUUCUGUUUGCAUCUAGACACCUGCAAGUAUUUAUUACUAACCGGAAUGUGAGCACAUUUAUCCACAGUGGUUUUCUUUGAAUUAAGGUGUUUUCCCCUUUGGUGGAGGGACAGUGGGGCCCCCUCCUCAAGGGGGCACUGGCAUGAUCUGUGUGAAAUUCUGUGAAACGAGGGCCGGCACGCGCACCGACCUUGGCCAAAACUCGGACGGCCCUAGGGCCGUCACCCUCUCCGCCCGCCACGUACGUGGUUGCUGUGCUUGGUGGCAGAGUGCUCAGUUCCCUCCAGCGGACUCUAGCGUGACAUCUUGGCACCUCACUGGUCUCUAUUGAAGGGGGGGGAGGGUACGCAGAGCUGCCCAGCCAGGGGGUCUGUGUAUGGGGGUGGGGGAGGGGGGAAAUCCAAGAACGCAGUGUGUCCCCCACAGCAAACGUUGACACUGUUGGUCAGCCAAAGAUUUUCCUAUUCUUUGCUGCUUAAACUUGUGCCUUAAUAUUGUAUAUAAUAAAGGGAUAAAAUGGCUCUUC